ACGAUAUUAAAAUUUGAGUUUUAUUUUUAUAGAUAUCUAUAAAAAAAACUUAUUAGUGUUAACAAGAUAAAUCUUGCUUUGUAAACUUCUUGAAGCUGUCAUCAUCACUGUCAAACCAUCUGUCAUAUCUUGUCAACAAAGGAAGGAGAAUGUCACGAAUUUCCUUUCCUAAAAUCACAAAAGAUUUGCGCUGAUAGCGGACGAGACGCUUGUUGCGUUAAUUUCGUGACUACUGUGCGUUCGCAGUUGCAGCCAACAUCAAUAAUUCUUAUCGCGUUUUUGCUUUUAUGUGUAUUAGACAGUCGGUAUGAAAUAAUAAAGAAAUAAACGUGAUGUACUGAAGUAAUUGUACAAAUAGUGUACUAAAGUAUAAUAAACUUGGUGUUUUUACUUGGUGUUGGGGCAAUAAAUAAGUGUUUUUAUCAUCAGUUCGUCGGGCAUAGUAUGCUGCAUAUUUUGCCUGCUGCAGCAAGAUUCCUUGACGGUUAUGGGGCGGCAGUGGACUAUCAACAAAACAUAAAACCCAAACAGAAUCAAGAAAGGGAGGCUGUGCGUAUGACGUCAUGACGAAAACUUCCCAGCGACCAUUCAAAAAAGGAACUGGCACAGAAAAUUAGAACAAUACAAAAAGAAAAAGAUAAACGAAUUCGCCAUCGUUGCGUCUCAGUUUCUAGUGUUGUGCAAAUAGAUGUGAAGCGUCGCAAACGAUAACGUUUAUUAUCGCAUUGUUAACUAAAUCCGUUGCGUUUGUUUUCGUUAACCGAUAGCGAUAGUUGACGGGCAGCGCCGGUUCGGGACGGGCGAGUCGACGAGUGUGCCACAGCUGAUAUUAAUGUUUAGAAACAUUGGUGCCGUUAAAGUGUGUUUUGAACUGUGCACGCUUACAUUGUUUAGAAGUGGUAUAACAUUUUUGUGUUAGUGUUGAAAAUGCGAUCGGAGGAAUUGUGGUGCAGCUUGGCUGCUCUGGGAUGGUUUGCGCUGGUGGGGUGCCAUGCGCCGGGCAGUGAACUGGAGUCCGUGAGGUACGGACCCGCGGAAGAGCAACGCUUCGAUACCUUCACGGUGGCAAAUAUCAACUUAACGUACGAAGAUGAGCACGGCCUUAUUUACACUGAAAUAUCAGAGUCCGGGAAGUACGGUGAAGGUUUCAUCGGGUCGGCGCGCGGCGUGGCAGUCCACAUUCGGGCCAAGGGGGAGGGGGGCGAGCGGGACCACAGCGGAUGCACGUGGCCCCUGCUGUCGGCCACUGAGGACCAGCUGCCCACCGAACCGUGGAUCGCGGUCAUAAGGAGGGGCAGCUGCAACUUUGAGAUUAAGGUGCAGAAUGCUUGGCGGGCUAAUGCUUCAGCAGUACUCGUAUACAAUGACAGGGAUACCACAUUGCUCGAGAAGAUGAAGCUGUCAACAGAUAACGGCCGCAACAUAAGCGCGGUGUUCACGUACAAAUGGAAGGGCGAGGAGAUCACGCGCCUGGUCGAGAACGGCACGCGUGUCAUGAUCGCCAUCAUCAAGGGGCGCACCUUCGCCAACGUCACCAACAAUAUCAACAAGACGUCGGUGUUAUUCGUGUCCAUCUCGUUCAUCGUGCUGAUGGUGAUCUCGCUGGCGUGGCUCGUCUUCUACUACAUCCAGCGGUUCCGAUAUAUCCACGCCAAGGACCGUCUCUCUAAAAGGUUAUGUUGUGCUGCUAAAAAAGCGCUCUCCAAAAUACCAAUUAAGAGUUUAAAGACUGAUGAUAGGGAGGUGCAAGGUGAUGGCGAGUGUUGCGCCAUUUGCAUAGAGCCUUACAAAGUGUCUGAGACGCUCAGAUCUCUACCUUGUAGACACGACUUCCACAAGAACUGCAUAGAUCCGUGGCUGCUCGAACAUCGCACCUGUCCCAUGUGCAAGAUGGACAUACUCAAAUACUAUGGCUUUGUGUACACGGGCAGUCAGGAGAGCAUCCUCCAGCUGGACGUGGAAGAGAGAAGUCGAGCUCUCUCCCCGGCGCGGGCGAGACAUCCGCUCACACUGGUAAUACACAAUCUGUCGAGUGACAACUCUUACUCGGAGGCAGGUAGCGCUCGCAGCAGUCGCGCCUCUUCGCCCGAUGAGCUCGUGCCUUCAUUACCGGCUGCAAAUGCGACACCACAUAGAUCUUGCGCGUCCUCGUUAUCUGGCGGCACGAGAGGUGAAUCCUCAAGGCAGGAGGCUUUGACCAGCUCAGAAGCCAACCGUGAGGGUUUGGACUGAGGAAAACUACCAAUCAGACACCACUGUGCCAAAUGUCCUAACUGUAACUGUGUGUGUGUUGUUGACGCGAGUGACACCCGAAUCC